AUGGAAAUAACUCAAGCAAACGAAGAUGGCAAUAGCGAAAUAGGAUCUGUGAUUAUGACAAAUAUGGACAGCGACCUCCAGGCAAAAUCAAGCAGUCAGAGAACUGGCAAUAACGAAUAUCAAAAAGCCAGCAUAAGCAAUACAGGCUUAGAAGCCACAAGAGUUUCUAGCGAGAGUCUGACGCAAUUUUCUGAAGCUAAAGAAACUUUAAUUAAUUUCUUAAGCUCUUCUAAAGAAAGCAUAAAUAGGAAAAAAGUAGCCACAGAAGCACUGGAAACAAUGACCAGUGCCUUCACAGAACUGAUGACAUACAUCACCCAGAAGGCCACAGAAAGAAGAGUAACCGAAGAAUUGGUUACCUUACAUGACAAACUAAACUCAAUUAGUGAGAAAAUAGAUAAUAUUAAGAAACCAACAUAUGCCGAAAAAGUAGGCAGCAAUUUAAAUCUUAAGUCAGCAAAAAUACCUUUAGGAAACGGGAAAUUGGCAAACCCAUCAACAGAUAGCACUAUACUUAUAUAUCUCAAGGAAGGGAACCAAGAUUGCAACUCAAGCGAGGACACUUUGAGCACUCUGAAAAGCCUAAGGGCAGAUCUUGUUGGUAUUAAAGCCAAAAAACUUUUACCGAUAGCCAAUAAUGGAGUGAAAAUAAUUGCAGCUGAAGCAAACUUAAACAAGAAGGCACUAGACGAGGCUGGACUAACUAGCAGAAUGCCACCAAAAUUCAAACCCAGGAUGGCAGUUAUAGGAGUUCCUAGUGAUUGGAAUGCCACAAGAACUGAAAACAAAAUUAACGAUGACCUAGAAAUCCCAGUCGAUCAUCAGCAAGAGGUAAAAGCCCACUUUAAGUUUGGCAAAAGAGACGCACAAUACGUUACCUGGAUAAUCGAGUGCGAUCACGAAAUGAGGACUGACAUUCUUGAAAGAGGCAGACUGUAUUUGGGUUGGGUGGCAUGUCAAGUCAGAGACCACGUCAGAAUAGUAAGAUGUUACAAUUGCCAAAAUUAUGGGCACCUGGCCAGUAAGUGCAGAAACAAAACCAGCUGUGGCAUUUGCUCUAAGGAGCAUCCUACCAAAGAGUGUAACAAAGAAGAUAAAAAGUGUAUAAACUGCAAAAUUAAUAAGAUGCCAGAAGAAGACUGUGCACACGAGGCCAAUGAUAUAAACUGUCCGACCUAUAAUAAAAGAAUCAGAAGCUAUAUUAGCAAUAUCGAUUAUGGAACAUAA